AUGUCGCCUCCCCCGCUAGCCGACGUAGACCUCUCCGAAGACUCUGUUCAAGACGUGCUCGACAUUUUUGGUUCGCCGACUAGUCACAACGAUACUCUAUUCACCAACAACAAUGCACAUGCCAAUGCUAACGAUACCCCCCUCGCUCAGCUGUUUCAAGACCGGUUUAGUCAGUUGUUUGUCAUGUGCGAGACGAUUCUAAAGCAGCAAGUCGUGCUCGGUGCCGAGCAUGCACGGCUACACACUGAACUCGCAACAAUGCGCGAGGAGCAAGAACAAGCGUCUGUCUCGAUCGUGUGGACCUAUUUGAACGAUACGUUACCUCGAUUAGAACAAAAUGUUGACUCGAUGUCGAAAAAGAUGGACCUGCUCGCGAGGGGAAUGGGCCAGAUUGAUGACAAGGUGUCACCUUUGGUCACGCAGACACAGGCGGUGGAUUCGACCGUCAAAGAGGUACACCAAACCCUCCAAGAGCUAUCCAAGUCGGUCUCUUCCGUGGACCUAGUCCGUCACCACCGACAACAGAAACAACACUCGUCUCGCAUAGUAGAAUUUCCUCCUAUGAAGGGAGGAAUGGGCGGCAAGAUAACAGGGGGCGUGACGAGCAAUAGUGCACUCGCCUCCUCCAUCCACCGAUUCGGGAACCACGGACUGGUUCAAAUGCGCAACCCAAAGCAGACUGUAUCACCCUUAAAGCGUCUACGGAGUGGCCGAGCCGUGGCAGACUCGCCCACGAGCAAGCUCCUCCUCAACUCGUCCGGCCUACCCCUCCUCCAACUUACUGCGCCUGAAGGAAUGGACGUUGCUGGUCUACUAGACGGUUCCGACCUGUCCGAUCUGACAGAGAGCGGCGGCGAGUCUGAAAAAGAAGACGAUGGCGAUUUCCCAGCGCGUAAACGAGUCAAACGGGGUCCACAAAGAUCCAGAGGAACAUCGAGUGGCAAGAAGCAAAGUGGUGGUAAUGGUGCGGUCAAGACACCGGUGAACAAAGCUGGGCGUGUGAGAAGGAAGAAGGGGGCUGCGCGACGUAUGGGACCCAAGCCUGCAGAUCCUUCGCUCGGGGACAAGGCGGAGACGGAUAUGAUCCAAUGCGACGUGUGA